AUGGCCAUCAGCCUGCAUCGCCUGGAUCCCUCCACUUCACUCGGUGGAACCUUCUCACCACAGGACUACUAUGCUGAUGGCGUGGCCCAGGACUCCUCACCAGAGAAGCUUUCCUCAGCGGUGGACUAGAUGCGCUUUGAGAAGGGCCAUACUGGGAGAGUAUGGGAGAGACCUCUUCUACCCAUAUGUCGAGGAUAGUCACAUUACAUUUACAUUUAGUCAUUUAGCAGACGCUCUUAUCCAGAGGACUCCACAGUUAGUGAAUACAUUUUUUUUUUUUAUAUGGCCCCCCGUGAAUCGAACCACAAACCCUGCGUUGCUACGACAUGCCUAUCAACUUUCACAAUAAAGGGACCACAGUCAGCGUUCCAUGUUCCUCUAUCUGCAGCCACAUUCUCCUACAGUAACCUACUGGGGGAGCUAGAGGUCUGUUCACGCACCCCCCUCUCACCAUCUCUCCACCAUCUCUCACUAUCUCUCACAUCUCUAACCAUCUCUCCCAUCGAUCACAUGGGCCACGUUCAGUUGCCAAAACGUUUGUCUAAUCUCGGUUAACCAGAACUAAAGUCUUGCGUAAUUGUCAGAUGUUCGAUUAAGUUCAGGGUCCAUAUGUGUAGGGAAAGAGAUCGCGACCCGGAACGAAGAGCCCCACCCUUCUCUCUUUGCAAGAGUUACAAGGCAAGUCUAUGGUUUCUAAACCCCUCCAUCAAUCACUCACAACGAAGAAGACCGUCCAUACCUCAUACACAGAAACACAUAAAUAACUCCUAACCCUCAACCUAAGCACACCUAAAACAUAACUCCCGCCUAAAAACCUCCCUCCUCCUAACAAUACAUACUAACUAAAACCUACAUACCCUCCUAACACCUUCCUCCCAUCCGAACCCCUACCUAACACCUAACCCCACCCUCCCUCCCACCUAACCCCCCCACUCCCUCCCACCUAAAACCUCCCUCCCUCCUAACCCCUCUCCCUCCCUUCCCACCCUCCCUCCCACUACCUAAACCCGGGUGGCUACGCGAGGAUCGUCCCCAGUUGAAGCCAGUGAGUGCUUGGAGUGUGCGGAGGAGGGGGGGUGACGUGAGAGAACUUGGGAAGGGUUGAACACCAGACGGGCUGCGGCAUUCUGGAUGAGUUGUAGGGGUUUAAUGGCACAGGCAGGGGAGGGCCAGCCAACAGCGAGUUUCAAGUAGUCCAGACGGGAGAUGACAAGUGCCUGGAUUAGGACCUGUGCCGCUUCCUGUGGUAAGGCAGGGUCGUUACUCUCCGAAUGUUGUAGAGCAUGAACCUGCAGGAGCGGGGUCACCGCCUUGAUGUUGGCGGAGAACGACAGGGUGUUGUCCAGGGUCACGCCUAGGCUCUUCGCCACUCUGGGAGGAGGACACAGCGGAGUUGUCAACCGUGAUGGCGAGAUCAUGGAACGGGCCAGUCCUUCCCCGGCGAGGAAGAGCAGCUCCGUCUUGCCAGGGUUCAGCUUGAGGUGGUGAUCCGUCAUCCAUACUGAUAUGUCUGCCAGACAUGCAGAGAUGCGAUUCGCCACCUGGUUAUCAGAAGGGGGAAAGGAGAAGAUUAGUUGUGUAUCGUCAGCGUAGCACUGAUAGGAGAGACCCAUGUGAGGAUAUGACAGAGCCAAGUGACUUGGUGUAUAGGGAGAAAAGGAGGGGGCCUAGAACUGAGCCCUGGGGGACACCAGUGGUGAGAGCACGUGGUGCGGAGACCGCUUCUCGCCACGCCACUUGGUAGGAGCGACCAGUCAGGUAGGACGCAAUCCAGGAGUGAGCCGCGCCGGAGAUGCCCAGCUCGGAGAGGGUGGAGAGGAGGAUCUGAUGGUUCACAGUAUCAAAGGCAGCAGACAGGUUCUAGAAGGACAAGAGCAGAGGAGAGAGAGUUAGCUUUUAGCAGUGCGGAGAGUCUCCGUGACACAGAGAAGAGCAGUCUCAGUGAAUGGACCAGUCCUGAAACCUGAUUGGUUUGGAUCAAGAAGGUCAUUCUGAGAGAGAUAGCAAGAGAGUUGGCUAAAGACGGCACGCUCAAUAGUUUUGGAAAGAAAAGAAAGAAGGGAUACUGGUCUGUAGUUUGUUGACAUCAGUGGGGUCGAGUGUUGGUUUUUGAGAAGGGGAGCAACUCUCGCUCUCUUGAAGACGGAAGGGACAUGGCCAGCGGUCAAGAUGAGUUGAUCAGCGAGGUGAGGUAGGGGAGAAGGUCACCGGAGAUGGUCUGGAGAAGGGAGGAGGGGAUGGGGUCAAGCGGGCAGGUUGUUGGGCGGCCUGCAGUCACAACAUUUGAAGAGAGCUGAAGUAGAGGUAUUGAGAUAACAUUUGAAGAGAGUUGAAGUAGAGGUAUUGAGAUAACAUUUGAAGAGAGUUGAAGUAGAGGUAUUGAGACAACAUUUGAAGAGAGCUGAAGUAGAGGUAUUGAGACAACAUUUGAAGAGAGUUGAAGUAGAGGUAUUGAGACAACAUUUGAAGAGAGCUGAAGUAGAGGUAUUGAGACAACAUUUGAAGAGAGCUGAAGUAGAGGUAUUGAGACAACAUUUGAAGAGCGUUGAAGUAGAGGUAUUGAGACAACAUUUGAAGAGAGUUGAAGUAGAGGUAUUGAGGGGGGGGGGGGGGGGGGGGGGGGGGGGGUAGGAUUCAGCAGGGAGGAAAAUGUGGCAAAGAGCUUCCUAGGGUUAGAGGCAGAUGCUUGGAAUUUAGAGUGGUAGAAAGUGGCCUUAGCAGCAGAAGCAGAUGAAGAAAAUGUAGAGAGGAGGGAGUGAAAAGAUGCCAGGUCGGCAGGGAGUUUAGUUUUCUUCCAUUUCCAUUUCCAUUUAGCAUAUAGUACGUAGUCAUUAAGUAUGUGGUAUUCAGUAUGUUAGUAUGGGUAUCUGAACACAGCCAAGGACUUGUUUAACUACUACAGAAGAUACUGUAGGGCAAAACACAUUCAGUCUCUGCUUAGAACAGAUGGAGGAAGUAAAUCAUUUAUUCUUACUUCCUCCAUUGUUCGUUGAUGAAGUGGGCUUACUAUCCUACAUUUUACAUUUUUAGUCAUUUAGCAGACGCUCUUAUCCAGAGCGACUUACAGUUAGUGAGUGCAUACAUUUUCAUACUAAAAAAAGUAUUUAGUCAGCCACCAAUUGUGCAAGUUCUACCACUUAAAAAUACUUAUUUUCCACCAUAAUUUGCAAAUAAAUUCAUUAAAAAUCCUACAAUGUGAUUUUCUGGAUUUUUUUCUUCUCAAUUUGUCUGUCAUAGUUGACGUGUACCUAUGAUGAAAAUUACAGGCCUCUCUCAUCUUUUUAAGUGGGAGAACUUGCACAAUUGGUGGCUGACUAAAUACUUUUUUUCCCCACUGUAAUGAUUAUAGCUAACCUAAGUGUGGUGCAGCACUGAGAAUGAAUCAAAUGAUUUGCAUUAAAAUCUUCUGCUUCAUAUUCUCUUUUUUAAAUAUUUUUCUAUUCACCUUGUGAUAUUUAAAAGGGCAAUCUGCAGUUUGAACAAUAACAAAGUGUCACCCCUCCCUUCUACAUCUGCAUUGCUUGCUGUUUGGGGUUUGGGGCUGAGUUUCUGUAUAGCACUUUGUGACAUCUGCUGAUGUAAAAAGGGCUUUAUAAAUACAUUUGAUUAAUUGAUUGAUCAAUAACAGGGGAGGUUAGCAUGUCUUGGGGGUAUGAGCUAACCUCUCACCAUUAGCAAUAACAGGGGAGGUUAGCAUGUCUUGGGGGUAUGAUCUAACCUCUUACCAUUACCAGUAACAGGGGAGGUUAGCAUGUCUUGGGGGUAUGAUCUAACCUCUUACCAUUACCAGUAACAGGGGAGGUUAGCAUGUCUUGGGAGUAUGAUCUAACCUCUUACCAUUACCAGUAACAGGGGAGGUUAGCAUGUCUUGGGGGUAUGAUCUUUGACCCUCUGUAACUUUCUCAAGUGUCAUUAUUUACGAUUCACUCAGGAUUAUCCGUAAUCAUGGUAGCAUCCACAAGUGAUAAAAAAAUAUAUAUAUAUAUAUCUCAGAUAUAGGACAGACACCUCAAAACAUACUUCCAAAUAGAAAUCAAAACUGGAUGGUCUUCAGAGAUAGAUGGGAGGGUUUGAGGGUAGCUGAAGGAUGGGACUAAAAACAAACGAAAGAUAAUUUACGUAAUAUGUACUGUGUCCGUAAAAUGUAAACAGUAUGUAUAAACUAAGAAGCCUAAGUGUUGUUGUCCAUCAAUUAGGGGAGGGGUGGUGGGGUUAGGGGGAAAUAAUAAAGGGAAAUAUAUUUAAAAAACAUAUGUAUAAUAUAUAUAAAGUUUGGACACACCUACGCAUUCAAGGGUUUUUCUUUAUAAAAAAAAAAAAAGUUUAAAUGUAGAAUAAUAGUGAAGACAUCAAAACUAUGGAAUAACACAGAUGGAAUCAUGUAGUAACCAAAAAAGUGUUAAACAAAUCUAAAUACAUUUUAUAUUUGCAAUUCUUCAAAUAGCCACCUUUUGCCUUGAUGACAGCUUUGCACACUCUUGGCAUUUUCUCAACCAGCUUCAUGAGGUAGGCACCUGGAAUGCAUUUCAAUUAACAGGUGUGCCUUCUUAAAAGUUAAUUUGUGGAAUUGAUUUCCUUCUUAAUGCGUUUGAGCCAAUCAGUUGUGUUGUGACAAGGUAGGGGGGGGUAUACAGAAGAUAGCUCUAUUUGGUAAAAGACCAAGUCCAUAUUAUGGCAAGAACAGCUCAAAUAAGCAAAGAGAAAUGACAGUCCAUCAUUACUUUAAAACAUGAAGGUCAGUCAACCCAGAACAUUUCAAGAACUUUGAAAGUUUCUUCAAGCGCAGUCGCAAAAACCAUCAAGCGCUAUGAUAAACUGGAUCUCAUGAGGACCACCACAGGAAAGGAAGACCCAGAGUUACCUCUGCUGUACAGAAUAAGUUCAUUAGAGUUACGAGCCUCAGAAAGUGUAGCCCAAAUAAAUGCUUCACAGAGUUCAAGUCACAGACACAUCUCAACAUCAACUGUUCAGAGGGGACUGUAUGAAUCAGGCCUUCAUGGUCGAAUUGCUGCAAAGAAAGCAUUACUAAAGGACACCAAUAAGAAGAAGAGACCUGCUUGGGCCAAGAAACACGACCAAUGGACAUUAGAAAUGGAAAUGUGUCCUUUGGUCUGGAGUCCAAAUUGGAGAUUUUUGGUUCCAACCCCCGUGUCUGUGAGACGCGGUGUGGAUGAACGGAUUAUCUCCACAUGUGUAUUUCCCACCGUAAAGCAUGGAGGAGGAGGUGUUAUGGUGUUGGGGUGCUUUGCUGGUGACACUGUCUGUGAUUUAUUUAGAAUUCAAGGCACACUUAACCAGCAUAGCUACCACAGCAUUCUGCAGCGAUACGCCAUCCCAUCUGGUUUGGGCUUAGUGGGACUAUCAUUUGUUUUUCAACAGGACAAUGACCCAACACACCUCCAGGCUGUGUAAAGGCUAUUUGACCAAGAAGGAGAGCGAUGGAGUGCUGCAUCAGAUGACCUGGCCUCCACAAUCCCCCGACCUCAACCCAAUUGAGAUGGUUUGGGAUGAGUCGGACCGCAGAGUGAAGGAAAAGCACAUAGUAAGACAGAGGGACUCUAUUACGCUCGCUCGGAUGCUUUCUCCGGUGAGAUAGUUUCAGUUCAUAGUUGCAACUGAGGAAAAGUUGGCGGGUGCACACCGCACCGUUCGGAUGCUGGAAUUAUUUUGGUAUGAACGUGCGAAGAUUAUCUCCUUUUUGAAGUGAUUUGUUUGACAAUCAGAUGAAAACUAAAUGACUGGUUGUGUUCAUGGCACGUUAAAAGGUAAUACAUUUUUUUACAGUUAAAUUACAUGUCUUUACUAUAAAUCCCUCAAAAUGGUCCACCCCUGCCGUUGUGAUUGGUUCCUGAGCCCAUAGGAAGCCAUUUUGAAAUAAAAUCCUCAUUAUUUUUUUCCGAUGGCUGAACUGCUUUGGUUUUACUUUUAACAAAAAUACGCUUUCUUCUCAGCUUCCACUUUCCCCCUCAAAUAAAUGCUAUAAAAAAAAUACAUAUGGCUGUAGGGGUGGCCCCCCCCCACCAUUGCAGGUGUGAUUGAAUUACAUGAUCCCAAACAUUAGGUACCUUCCUGUAAUGGUAACUACGGAUUUAGUACACAAUGCCAACGCUCAAGUCAGGACAGGUUAUUAAAAAACAAAAGUGAUAUUUAUUUAACAGACGUGACUCCUCUUCUGUAGUCUGAGGUAUCUCUGAUCCCGAUCAGAGAAAUAAAUGGGUGUAUAGUUAUAAUAACCAGUCGCCUGCCAGCCCAAUGUGGGGCAAACUGUUGCCUGUUAUUGGUAGAAAGAUAGCAGCACUGUCUCUUGGACUGGUGAUGUCACACCUGGUUGUCCGAGGUAAGUCUCCUGACAAAAGAUUUAGAUCAUGAUAUAAAUAGAAUUCAACAUAAUGUAUAAUACCUGGUAUAAUGCUGACUUCUCAAUUACAAAAGUGUAUAAUUACUAUGUAAAAUGUAUCAAAAAUUAAAUAAUAACCCUUUUUUUUAUCAUGUCUGAGUAAAUAACCAAGUAUACUUUGGUAUGUCUCAUGUGAGCACUGGCUAUGGGGCUGCGUGGGUAUCUGAUAUGUGACUCUGACCCUAGGCAGUGCAGUUAAAGUCCUGUCUCAGCCGGGCAACACAGUACAGUUCCCAUGUUCCUACAGCUAUGAAGACCACCAGGACAUCCCACAGCUGUCUGUCCAGUGGAGAGGACCAGGCAACACACUCCUCUGUCACUACAUCAAACAUAAGGUGUGGAAUGUUAUAUAUGUCUUUUUUUUUUUUUUAUGCUUGUGUUUUACCCUGUAAGCCAGAGCGCCAAAGACAAAACGUCCAUUUUGUGAAAACCUAAUAGACAAUACAGUUUUGAUAGAGCAUGGCGCUUGCAACGCCAAGGGUUGUGGAUUCGAUUCCCGCUGGGACCACCCUCACGAAAAAUGUAUGCAUGCAUGACUGUAAACUGCUUUGGAUAAAAAGCGUCUGCUAAAUGGCGUAUAUUGUUAUAUUGUUAUGUUAUUUCAAGGCCUACCAGAACUGCACCCAGGGCUACUCACUGGACUACACACCUAGGAGGAUCACUCUCUGCAUCACAGAGGUCAGAACGCAAGACUUCGGAUCUCACGUCUGCUCCGUUAGCAAGAGACACGAGUUCUCUGACUUUAGCAUCGAGCUAGCCACGAAGACAGGUGAGUUUGUUUGUAUAUAUUGUAUACUUUAUUUAUACUUUGUUUCUACUUUGUUUCUACUUUGUUUAUGUGUAUUUGCAUCUUCUCAUGGGGAGUUUGGUAUUUUCUGUGUCUUUAGAUCCCAUCACUUCCUUGCCGACGAACAGGUGGGAUCAGUCAGGUAAAUCCACAGGGUGUAUAGGUCUACUGCAGGGACGAACAGGUGGGAUCAGUCAGGUAAAUCCACAGGGUGUAUAGGUCUACUGCAGGGACGAACAGGUGGGAUCAGUCAGGUAGAUCCACAGGGUGUAUAGGUCUACUGCAGGGACGAACAGGUGGGAUCAGUCAGGUAGAUCCACAGGGUGUAUAGGUCUACUGCAGGGACGAACAGGUGGGAUCAGUCAGGUAGAUCCACAGGGUGUAUAGGUCUACUGCAGGGACGAACAGGUGGGAUCAGUCAGGUAAAUCCACAGGGUGUAUAGGUCUACUGCAGGGACGGCCAGCUGUGUGGAAAGCCUUUCGAAGGCCCUCGGAUCAAUAACAAAAACAUCAUAAUAAAAAUACAAUAUAUAGAUAUUGUUUUGAAACUCAGUCGUGGGUCUCAACGUACUGCAGUAUAAUAUAAUAAUAUAAUAUGCCAUUUAGCAGACGCUUUUAUCCAAAGCGAGUAGUAGAAUACCCAAGUGCAAUUUCGAAAUGUGAUUGCGCAUCAGCAGUUUUUCUCUCGUUAUGUCAGUCACUGAUAGUCACUCAGAUUAACCAUGUCAGAUUGCUAAAUGAGUCUAGCAGCCAGAUAUCGAAAUGUAGUAAUCAUGGUCAAAUUACUAGCCAGGGGGCCCCCAUUGAUUGUGUUAUUCAGUCUCACUCAGAUAUCAUAUUAAACACGUCCACCCCAUUGCAAAAUGUGUAGAAUUGCAGGAAAUGUGCUUUAAAACUGCAACAUUUUCUCCACGCCUCAUGGCAAAAUGUGUAGAACUGGUGGUGGUGUUGGAGGUGGUGGUGGUGAUGGUGGUGGUGUUGGUGUGGUGGAGGUGGUGAUGGUGGUGGUGGGGGUGGGUGGUGGUUUGGAUGGUGGUGGUUGGUGGGUGGUUGGAGUGGUGGUGGUUGGAUGUGUUGGUUGUGGGUGUGGUGGGGUGGUGGGUGGUGUGGUGGUUGUGUGGUAUGUUGGUUGGGUGGUGGGGUAGGUGGGUAUGGUGAGGUGGUGGUUGUGGGUGAUGUGUGGUGGGGGGGGUGGGGGGGGGGGUUGGUGGUGUGGUGGUGGUGGGUGGUGGGGGGGGGUUAUGCACAUGUAGUAGCUCAAUUGGUAGAGCAUGGCGCUUGUAACGCCAGGGUAGUGGGUUUCGAUCCCGGGACCACCCAUACGUAAAAAUGUAUGCACACAUGACUGUAGGUCGCUUUGGAUAAAAGUGUCUGCUAAAUGGCAUAUUAUUAUUAUUAUUAUUAUUAGUAACGCAGACCCGCGAGCCACUGUGGCCCUCAUGAUGAGUUCUGAUGUUUUGUGGCCCCCCACCCCUAUCAAAGUGGCCCAUCCCUGGUCUAUUGAAUGAAAUCCAAAUAGAACAAAUGUUAACCUUGAUAUAGGAGACAAAAUAUCACAUUUUCCCCUUGAAUUUCCAUGUCCAAUUGAUAUCCUACAUGAUUGGAAUUGUAGCAGAAGAGAGUGUGACCUUUAAAUAAUACUCUACUAUGUACGACAGUUAAUUUCUCUAAUCGUUUUUUCCUCUUAGGUCGUCCCGACGGCCAUCUUGUUGUCCUUGUCUGCUCUGUGUUUGUCAGCACCUGGGGAUGA